ACACAAACCUAAACCAAAUACUUGCUGUUCGUGUGUUUUUUCUCUCGACAACUAUGUCUUUGCCAUGGGAACACGGUUCUACGACUUUGACUGGAGAUGGUGUUACUCUCCCCCACCCGGAUUCAGUGCAGAACUGGGAGGAUAACAUGACCACAUGGCCCAGCAUAACCUUCGCCAAGAUCAUCUCCUACUUCUCGGACUCCAUGGCAAUCGAUGGGAAAGCUUCUGAGGCUUUUCAAUACCUGCACAGCAACAAAGUCGGGUGUCUCAUGUCCUACAAACAUGAUCGUUUUGUUUUUUUUAAAGCAAAUGUCAAGCCUAGCCAGUCUUUAAACAAUUUGUGGCAUAAUGCUUGGGUGCUGGUAACCGAAGCUGGAGAUGUGAAAACGGCGGGAUGUUCGUGUGUUGCUGGACCAGGGAGAUCGUGUUCCCAUGCAGCUGCGAUCCUAUGGAAGGUAGAAAAUGCUGUGAGACAGGGGAAAACCAGGCUUGCCUGCACUGAUGGACAGAACCAGUGGAAUGCUGGGUCCAAAAGAAAUGCUGGUCAGAGGAAGAUGAAGGAUGUGCGCUCCAAACGUCACCACAGGCAGGAUGUUUACCGGCUGCCACAAACUUUACAGGCAGCUUCUACCGCUCCAGAACCGGCACGGGAGGUGAAAGUCUUUAGGACUCAUGAAGAGUGGAGGAAAAACAUGCUUUCCUCGCCUAUGGCAGAACUUUUCAUGUGCCCUGGAAAUAGCCUCCUGAAGCUCUGCAUUAAUGCAGAUACCUCCACCAUCACCGAACCGACAAUAAUGGUCAACACACAUGGGGUAAAAAAUAAAAUAAAUACAAAAAACACAAGAUUGGGAAAAAACAUACACUCUUAAAGAAUAUAGAAGGGAACAGUGGAUAAUUGACCAAGUUAUUUAGUAAGAUUAAAUUAUUGCACUGUGGUUGACAGAUUAUUGCACAUAUGAUGACCAUUUCAAUGAAUAAAUAAGUAUUCCUGUUCAAUAAAAAGGAAAAACAGCAAGUGGUUACUAUGUUGGAUAGUGGCUACCUGUUACAUCCUCCCCCAAGUGAGGAGUUGUACAGCCUGAUGGCCUGAGGGACAAAGGAGUGCUUUAGUCUGUUAGUCUGUUAGCCCUGCAUUUGAGCAGGCUCCUCUGGUUGCUGAUGACGGUGUGCAGAGGGUGGUUGUUAAUGUCCAUAAUAUCCAGCAGUUUGUUCAGUGUCAGAGUUUUCAAACCACAGACCAUUGUGAAAUAAAAGUGUCAUGAAAUAAAUAAAUGUACACAAUUAUAAAAUACAAAUGUCAUGAAAUAAACAA